AUGUCAACAGAACCCGAGCGCUUCUUCCCUUUCCACUCCUCCCACCUCUCCUCUGUCUCUUCCGUCACCUGGCUGCAACCGCGCCGGCCACAGAGAGCAUGGAUUGCGCGUUUCCUUCCCAACGCGCGGCGCCCGCUGUCGCAGGUCCUGCUGGCGCAAAUACCAGCUCCGCCCUUCUCCGCGAGCCCAGCAGCAGCGUCCAUGGGCGUGGUCCCGGGGAGUCGCUUGCGCCGAGAGAGCGGCAGGGGCAGUGGCACGAGCGUCGACACGAGAAUAGGUACGGAGGGCGGCAGCGGGAGGUGGCGGAGAGGGAGUGAGAGCAGCGCGAGUGUGGAGUUCGCAGGUGGCCCUCAUGCGGGCGCCAUGAUUUCCCCGUGGGGCAGCAGCUCUGCUAGCGCGAGCAUGAACACGGGCAGGGGCAGCAGCGCGCAUGUGAGCCACCUGGACGCUGCUCUCAUUGGCCCCACUGCUGCUGCGGCGUUCACUGCUGAUGUUCACGCCAUGGCCUGGCCUGCUGCCCUGCGCAACCCCGGGCCCGCUGUGCACGGUGGCGCUGGUGCUGGUGAGGGGGAGGGCGGGAAGAGCGAUGCUGGCUCGUCUAUUGCUGCUGCUUCUGCUGCCCAGCUACCCUCCAACACCACUAGACCCACCACCGCAAGUGGCAGCAAGAGUAACAGCAGUGCUGCUGUUAACAGCGGGGUUCGCAACAGAGGCAGCAGCGGCAGGGGCGGCGGUCAAAGGCCCAGCAGUCGCAGGCCGUCGGCUCAGAUCCGCAUCGACCGCAUUCCACCGGACACGUCCGCGGAGACAGUGGCGACGUUUGUGCGAGACGCACUGGGCGUGAUUGUGGACCACGUGAAGAUCAAGGGGUACACCCGCAUCCGCGCCCUGCCCGCUGGCAGAGCCACAGCAAGCGCAGCCAGCACAGGAGGGGCAGCAGGCGCAGGGGAGGGAGCAGUGGUGGGGGGGACGCGGUACCGGGAGGAGGCGCUGGUGCUGAAAGGGCAGCAGCUGGCACUGCAGUGCACCAUGGAGCAGUGCCGCGAGCCUGAGGGGCUGCUCUCCCACGCCACUGUGCACCUCGGCUUCAUCCACCAGCCCGGCCAGCUGGCGCUGACGUGGCGCUCCAAGCCCGAGAGCUGCCGCGUGGAGUUUGACUUUCUGGAGAGGCACGUGCGGGUGGUGGUGCAGGCAAAGGCGGGCACCAAGGACGGCACCCCCCGCGACACAGACGUGUGGCAGCUGGAGCCCGACAGAUGGUUCCCUGAUGAUGGCGACCCGUGGACCCGAACCACUGAGGAGCACUUCCUCCCCGCGGGGGGGAGGGCGGGCGCUUGUACAAGCGCAGCAGCAGGCGCGUGUGUGGGCGUUGGGGAUGAUGGAAGGGGAGGUGCUGGUGCGGGGCGGUGGGACAGUGGGCCUGGUAGCAGUGGAGGCCGUGGCGUGAGUGGGUGGAAGGGGCGGGUGUGGAGUGGAGGGGUGUUGGGAGCGGCGUCGGUGAUGCAGGUGUCAGUGUCGGUGCGGCAUGGCAUCCAUGUGAGGCGCAUAGCAGAGCACAUGCGCACUGCAUCGCUGCACCUCAGAGCACGCUACCUGGGCGACCCACCGCGCGUCGCCAUCACCGCCCGCUAUGCUGCCGCCCCGCCCAUCCACCUCGCCCCCUUCAUCUCCCUCGACCCGUCCUGGCUCCCCAAUACCGCCCAAGGCACCAUCCCCCCCACUGCCGUGACUACCUCCCUGUACCGCACUCUGGCGUACGAGCUUGUGCCCGCUGCCGUGGCGGUGCUGAUGGAGUUCCUCCGCUUCUCCCGCCCUGAAUUCGACCCCGCCAGGAAGUUCCACCAGAUCGCCCGCGCCAUGCGCCACCACGGCAGGCUGCAGACGCGGGGAGGCACCGAUACGGGGCGAGCCAAGGAACCAGAGGGGACGCGUGAGCACCAGAGUGAGAGGGGAGCAGAGCAGCAAGGGUCAGUUGUGGGAGAGUUGGAACUGCAGCCGCAGUCGCAGCAGGAACAACGAGACACGGAGGAGAAGGCAGGGGAAGCGAGCGAAGGGGAGAGCAGCACGUGGCCGUGGAGGCUACCAGCGAACCACGUGGUGGUGUUCCGGCUGCUCAUCACACCGCUGGGCGCGCAGUGCUGCAUGCCGGGCGUGGAGCUGACCAACCGCGUGCUCACGCACUACCGCCCCCACGCGCACCGCUUCCUGCGCGUCGCCUUCACGGACGAGGGCCUAAAGACCCUGUCACCCUUCGCCCUCAGAGACGCCGCUGGGCGCCGUGAGGGUGUUGCUGGGCACACCAACGUGUACCGCCGCAUUCUCAGCCUCGUGGAAGAGGGUUUCAGCCUGUGUGGGCGGCACUACCGCUUCCUGGCGUUGUCAGCAUCGCAGCUGAGGGAGAAGUCAGCAUGGUUCCUGGCAGAGGAUGAUGCGCUCAGCCUCACCGUUGCCUCCGUGCAGCACCGUGCCUUCUCCUUCCCACAUUGCCACCACGAGCGCACCCCUCUCUCUGCCUUUCACCCGCGUGUCUCUUCUCUGAAUCUCCCUCACCACCUGCUUUCUCUCUGCAUGUGGGUGCAUGCUUGUGGAUGCUGGUGUGAGUGGGUUUCUGUGGCGAACCGGCGUGGGCGAGAGGGGGGGUGGGGGAGUGAGAGGGGGGAGCAACACCACCAGGCGUGGAUGGGCACCUUCUCCGCUAUCCGCAACGUGGCCAAGUGUGCGGCACGCAUGGGGCAGUGCUUCUCCGCACGCUUCACCUCGCUGCCCCUCCCCCGUGCCCACGUGCGCAUGAUCCCCGAUGUCACGCGCGGCAACUUGUGCUUCACGGACGGAGUGGAUGCCGUGUCUCCAGAGGCGGGCAAGGCCCUGGCAGAUGCCGUUGCUCCUUACCUUGACAGGCCCGUGGGUGCUGGGUGGAGCGACGCUGGUUCUGGGAUGCGUGCGGGGGAGGGUGAUGCGGGUGGUGGUGAGAGUGGGGGAAGCUGUGGAGGUGAUGUUGGGGGUGCUGCUGCAGAGGGUGGUAGUGGGAAUGAGGAGAUUCGGAGUGGGCGUGUACGGGAGGGUGGGAGUGCGAAUGAGAAGGAGAGUUGGAGUGGGAGUGGGGCUGGGAACACGAAGGAGGGUGGGAGUGCGAAUGAGAAGGAGAGUUGGAGUGGGAGUGGGGCUGGCAGCAGUGGGGCAAAAAGGAAGAAGGGAGGCGCGGCGGAGCGGGGGAGGGCAUUGCUGCGGGCGCCAUCGGCCUUUCAGAUCUGA